UCCAUCACUUGCCUCCACUUUAUUUCUGCUGUGCAUUGUUUGAUAAUAGUUGGGUUAGAAAUGGGUCUUAUCGGUAAGGUGAUAGGGCAAACGGAGAUCAAGUCCGAUGGACAUUUGUUCUAUGAGAGUUGGAGAUACAGACCAAACCAGAUAUCAUAUAUGAGCCCUGGUAAUAUGCAAGGUGUUGAGAUAUACGAAGGUGAAUGGGGAACCGUGGGAUGCAGAAUGAUCUGGUCCUAUACCUUUGGUGGGGAAAAGAAGGUUACGAGAGAUAUUGUUGAAGCAGUUGAUGACGAGAAGAAGUCAAUCACUUGGAAGCUGGUUGAAGGAAGCCUCUUGGAUCUUUACAAGACCAUGAUUAUAACUGUUGAUGUUGAUACAAAAGGUAAAAGCAGUGUGGUGACAUGGACUUUUGAGUACGAGAAGCUUAAUGAGGAUGUCGAAGAUGCAAAUGCAUUGGUGGACUUUCAUCUUGUUAUGACCAAAGAUAUUGAAGCUUACCAUCUCCGCCAAAAAUGAUCUGGUUUAUUGGUGAUGCCAAGUUGUUUUAUUAUAUAAGAAAGUUUUUAAGUGUAAACGGCGAAUGUUUUCUCCAAGGAAUAAUAAGUAUGCAAAUAAUAUGUUGACAUGUCAUUUAGACUCUUUAUUUAAUCCUAAAAUUUGGUCAAUGUAACAUUACUGAUAAAUAUGUGUCAAGGAAUAUGUGUUUGGAGAACAUUCAACUAAGGAUUAUCUUAUUGGUGUUGUU